CUUUAAAAAUGAAUUCAAAUAGUGAUAUUGGAGACAUUGUGAAUCUAAUAAAAGUUUGAAGAGAGAAGGCACUCCUUGGCCUGUACAGAGAUUCUGUCAGAAAGUUUGAGAUUGCGCUGAAGACUAUUAGACAUCACUGGAAUACCUUAUCAGACGAGUACACUAUCAAUAGAUGGAAGUCUACUGAAAAGUCUAUCAAAGAGGAAAUGGAGCAAGUUAAGUUGCUUCAAAGCUCAGUUGAAGAAAUGGGUGGAAACUCAGCUCCUUCUUUAAAGAAACAUAGAAGUGAGAAAGAUGAAAGACCAAUUAAUUCAUCUUCUUCUAAAAGACAACAACCUCUAUUGAAGAAAGGAGGCAGUCAGAGAAAGAAUUUCGAUGUUGAUGUUAGGGUUCCUGGACAAAAUUCAAAGAAAGAGAGAAUUGAUAAUCCAGCUGAUUUAAGCAGAUUUGGAGGACUUCAACCUUUUGAGCAUCAUGCUAUUCCUCAGGAAUAUAUUAAAUACGAUGAAAGAGGAAAUAUUAUCAAUCCAACGGACGUAGUAAAUCAAGAUUAUCAAAAACCUCCUAGUAAUUAUCAAAAUAGGAGUGAUCCUUAUUCUGGAUUUGGAGCACCUGAUUACUCUGGAAGAGGAGGAAGACAACCUUACCAACAGCAGAUGCCCCAACAGCCAUACUAUAAAGAUCCUGAUGUUUGGGAUCCUCCUAGUCCUCCUGCAAGACAGAAUAAGCCAAAGUCUAGACAACCUGCUGUAAAGAGAAAAGUAAGACCAACUCGACCUACAGGGUCGGGAAGCCGUCCUGCAACAUCAGGAAGUCGGCCUGCAGCAUCUAGUGCUAAAGGUAACUCUUCCAAGGCUGAUGGAAAGAGAGAUUAUGAUAAGCCAUGGCUACCUCCUCCAAAGAAGGAGAAAAAGAAGGCAGAUACUUUCUUGGAGCAUGUAUAUCCUGACGGUGAAGGUCCAGAUGCAGAUUUAAUCAAAAUGCUUGAAAGAGACGUGGUUUCUAAGAAUCCUAACGUACACUUCGAUGAUAUUGCUGAACUUGAUGAUGCUAAAAGAGUUUUACAAGAAGCUGUUGUGCUUCCAUUACUUAUGCCAGAUUACUUUAGAGGCAUUAGAAGACCUUGGAAGGGUGUCUGUCUCUUCGGACCCCCUGGUACCGGUAAAACUAUGCUGGCUAAGGCUGUUGCAACAAUGGGAAAGACCACUUUCUUCAAUGUAUCAGCUUCUAGUUUGGCAUCAAAGUGGAGAGGAGAGACUGAAAAGUUAGUCAGAAUUCUCUUUGAAAUGGCUAGAUUCUAUGCUCCUUCAACUGUAUUCAUAGAUGAGGUCGAUUCUGUGGCUUCAAAAAGAGGAGGUGGUGAUCACGAAUCUAGUAAAAAGAUGAAAACAGAAUUCUUCAUCCAAAUGGAUGGAGUCUCUUCAGAAGCUGCUUCUGAACCCACGGAAGAGACAAAGGAUGAUCCUAUAAAGAAUGUAAUGGUUUUAGCUGCUACCAAUAGACCUUGGGAUCUCGAUGAGGCUAUGAUUAGAAGGCUUGAGAAGAGAAUCUAUAUUCCUCUUCCUGAAGAGGAAGGAAGAAAAGUCUUAUUUGAAAUCAAUCUUAAAAAUACACAGCUUGAUAAUGAUAUUGAUUGGGAUGCUCUUGUUGAGAAGACAAAAGGAUACUCUGGGGCUGAUAUCAACAAUCUGUGCAGAGAAGCAGCUCUUAUGCCAAUGAGAAGGAAAAUUCUGGGUAAGAGAAUGGACAUGCAAGAGAUUGCAGACAUGAAAUCAGAAUUUGAAGUUCCGCUCUGUAUGGAAGAUUUCGUUGACGCACUGAAGAAUGUCAAAACAUCAGUUGGAACUCAAUUCUUAAAAGAAUAUAAGGAUUGGAUGGCAGAAUUCGGAUCAGUAUAA